ACCAAAAAAGAAUUCGCUCUGGAUGAAGGGAAGCAGGCACAUCAGCGAGUUUAACUACAGAGUAGAGGAGGGUAGAUUGGUUGACAGAGUCACAGAGGGAGGCGAGCAGACAGGAAGCCAAAAGGAAGAGAGCAGGUGACUGAGGUAGGAAGGUCAGAAGAUCACAACAAAACAAGCAUCAGCCACAGCAGGAAGAGAAGAAGAUGGGUGGACGAGAGGCACAGUGCUGCUGUUGCUGGCUGCUCUUCACACUCUCUCUGACAGGUAUUCUUGCAGGUGAUUGGUCAGUUCGUCUCCCCUCCAGUCCUAUCUGUGCGGUGAUUGGUUCCUCUGUGGUUAUCCCUUGUUCAUAUGACUACCCCCAACAUUCUAAUGAAACCAAGGAAGAGGGACGGCUCUCUACUCAGGGUGGAGGAGGAGAAGAAGGACAACAGUACAAAGUUUUGUCUGAGAUGUGGUGUCUCGAAGACAGUCGCUGUAUAACAUCAAGAUACGUCUUCCACAGUGCCGGUAUCUCCCCAGAUCCAUCCUACCAGAACAGGGUGGGGUACCUGGGACAACCAGGGACAAAAAACUGCUCUUUGACAAUCUCUGAUGUGAGAAAGUCGGACAGUGGAGCAUACGUGUUUUACCUCAUCACCAGCCACCCUACACAGAAGAUGCCAGAGCAGAGCGGUGUACAGCUCCUGGUGGCAGACUCCGCCAGCGCCGUCGCAGUGUCCGCAAGUCCCUCCAGUGAUAUCACGGAAGGCGGGGCCUUACGUCUGGCCUGCUGCAGCCCUGCGGCCAGUCCACAGGCCCGUUUCAGAUGGUACAAGAGCACAAGCACCAGCCUGAGACAUGCUGGACAGGUGUGGAACAUCAGUGAGGUUACAUCCGAUGACUCUGGCAGCUACUACUGUGAAAUACACACUGGAGAUAAAGUGCAGAACUCAACAAAGCUGCACAUUGACGUAGAGUAUUCUCCUCGAAACACAGCUGUCUCUGUCGCUCAGACACAGGCCGGGCUUCCUGUGACUCUGACCUGCAGCAGUGACGCUAACCCGCCUGUCCACACUUACACCUGGUACCAGGGUGCAGCAUGCCUCCCUACGGCAGACAAAAGCGUUCAUCAAGCAAGGCAAUCGCCGGCUCAACCCACAGGACAAGGCCCGACCCUCAGCAGUGCCAACAUCACCGCUGAGCAGAAUGGGCAGCACUGCUGUAUAGCACGCAACAGGCACGGAUCACAGACCGACAGCACAACACUCACAGGUACCAAAGAGUCUGACUCUUCAGGAGGCAGACUGGUGGUUAUCGGAGUGACCAUCGCUGCUCUCCUGGCUAUUAUGGCCCUAGUGGCCUUUUUCUUGACACGGAGACAGAAGUCAUCCAGACACCAGUCGUAUGUCCUCACUGAGACAACUGCUUCAGCCCCUUAAGGACUCAUUCAGCACAAAGUACAAACACCAGAAGAGACAUGUUUUAUUUAAUCAAGUAACUCGCACCUCAUGUUGCCAAGUAAACCCUGAUGAUACAAUCAGACAAAUUCAAACUAGUAUUGCUUUCACAUGCUGUUGCACAUUUGGGCUCCUUGAAAUCAUGCACACAGAAGAAAACCAACUUACAAGCCCGUUUGCAGUGGUGUCAACUCACACAGUGGGACAACCUGAAGAUCAGGACACGGGACACAAUCCUGAAACCCUUAAUUCCUGGAUUUCAAUGAACUGAGCUCAAUGAGGAUCAACGCUUUAAGAGACUAAAUGGUUAAUUUGAAAACUGACAGAACUGAAGCAAAUAGUCUGAAUAUCUUCCACUUGUUUAAGUGUGAUUGUGCUUUGGGAUAAACUAAACACUGCUGUCAGGAGUUAACCAAGCAAUCUUCAAGAAAAGAAAAAAUGUAUUGUAUCAGAGAUAAUAGAAAAUCUGCUGUUUUCAUUAGAGGUCCUCCUACUUUGUUUUCUAGUCGGUUGAACUGUUGCAGGAAUACAUUUUAAAUUCACGCCACAGAGAGCACCCAGCUAUGUAUAAGCAAUGUCAAGAAACAGCAGUUUCUGGAAGCCUGUUGGUGAUGAGGAGAAUGAAGAUGAUGACGGAAAACAGUCAUAAUAAUCCAAUUAGGAGAAUUUUACAGUUAGGCCGGGCCUCAUCUGUGUGGUUUUGAGUAAACUCUUCAGUGUGAUAAGGCUCUAAACGAUAAUGACCAGAGCCUGAGGAUGAAAACCAGGAGGACAGUGACUCUGACAUCCAUUUACAAAACAUACUUGGACAUCAACUCCUCAUCUCAUUAGUCUAUUUUUAGAAUGUUUCUUGCGUCUGAUUUAUCAUAUUAAAUUGAGUUGAGUAAAGUGGUGCACACAUGCUAAUAAAGUAAACAAGGAAGUGCUUGAGUUUUCAAAUAUUUAAAGAGACAGUUUCACAUAAUGUAUGUACAUGUUAGUUCGAGAGCCGAUUGUCAGGUUCAGUUACUGGACAAUUUUUACAUCUAUCUGACGAUUUAACGAGAAAGAGAGGGUCUACAUAUUGUAAUAGAUAGAUAGAUGUAUACUUUAUUCAUCCCCAGGGGGGAAUUUGUACGUUACAG